GGCUUUAGAAGCAUCAAAGUCCAUAGUCUGUCUGCGACAGUGUCAAAGUUUUGAAACACGAUGUUGGGGACUAUAUCGGGAUUAACCCACUCAUGCGUUCACGCAUAGUGAUACAAUCCUCACACCAUGUCCGGUGUUAGUCAUCAGAGCAAGAGGCGACGCCCCCCUAAAAUGUACCUGGUAGCGAUCGACCACAAGGUGCAGGACCACCUGGACGGACCCAUUCGGCUGCAGCGGGGAUAUCUGUGCCAAGAGCAAGAGGGCGCAGGGGACAGGAACAGAGGGAUACACCUAUGGGUGAAGGUAAUAGACCAUGGCUUUAUGGUGAAGAUUGACAAGCGUCACCUCCUAGAAGUGUCUCCCGACAUCGCCUGCCUGUUGGAACCUGUAGGUGAUUUGGAGGCCCGAUUUAAGCUGGCCAACAAACCUCACAGACUGCAGCGAUUGGCUGGCCUGCCCCUGGGGUCACCAGUGUGGCUUUACUGGGGCCAGUCAGGAGAGCUGGCCGAGGCAGAGCUGCGUUAUCGGGGGCCUUUGACUAGAGGAAGUUCGGCCGUGUUUUUUGGUGUCCAGCUAAAGGGCUGGGCGGCAGGCAGGGGGAACAGUAAUGGAAGUUAUAAAGGUCACCAGCUGUUUACCUGUCCAGAGGGUUGUGCCAUGUUUGUGCCCGCCAGUGAGCUCACGCUCCGCCGGUCAUCUCGCAGCGGCAGUACCGACGACCUGGACCACGGGCGCGACGCUCACAGGUCCAACCAGAACCAGACCGGCUAUCACAACCAUAACCAUAACCAUAACCAUAAUUACAACCAAGGUCAGCCCCCGGUCAACGUCCUCCCGCGGGCUGCCGAGUCUGUCACCACACCGUCCUCUCCACCUCCAGUGCAGACUGGACAGAGAGUCUACUGUGUACAUAACGAAGCGCAGCAUUCUGGGAGAGUGCUCUUCUGUGGACAUUUGGCAAGCCGCAGUGCCCCAGGAACAUAUGUGGGAGUGUUAUUGGACCAUCCUGUUGGUGGUUGGGAUGGCACUUAUAAAGGUCAGAGACUGUGCUCCAUCCCAUCCCCUGAGUACGGCUGGUUACUCCACAUCUCUAAGGUUUUCCCAGAAACGAGAUCCGAGCGUUCGCCGCCUCCCAAUUCUAAGCCGUCCAUGAAAAUACUCCCUCCCCCCAGCACCAAAGUAGCGGUUCAACCCCCAUCGCCACCCCAACCGAAACCCACCCCCAAAUCGGCCCUCCUGCCGCCCUCUGCAACACCGCAACCGAAACCUCUCAUCCAGCCCGCCAUGCUGGCCACCGUCAAAGCUGCACUCCAGCCUCCAGCGUCUUCGUCCCCCAAAACCCCUUUAAAACCCCCUCCCUUACCUGGCCCGAAGCCUGCUCUCAAACUGCCGCCGGUCCCACCAAACAAACCCCAAAACGCUCAUUCGUCAUCCACGAACGCCGACCACUCGCAGUCUUCCAACGGUCUCGCUGCCCCUACCUCUCCACCAAUCCUUGAGGAGAGGGCGGAGCUUCACAGUGACUUGGAGGUUGGCUCUAUGGUGGAGGUGAAUGACCCGCCCAUUUUUGGAGUCAUUCGCUGGAUUGGUCAGAUCAACGGAAUUCCGGAACUGGUAGCUGGAAUCGAGCUGGACCAGGAGCUGACUGCUGCCACAGAUGGCAGUUACCUUGGUGAGCGUCACUUCCGUUGCCCUGCCAACAAGGGAUUGUUUGUCAAACUGCGUAACUGUAGGCGAGACUCCAGGUUUCCAGUCCCCGAGAUGCCCGUCAACCAAGUGGAGCGUUGUAACUCAAUAGCCUUUGCAGCAUGGGGCAGUAAGCGUGUUGAUGAACACACUCCGCCCCUGCUGGGUCCGGAGGCCAGAGAGCUGUACCAGGGCUGGAAGAAAGGCAUCCAGGGUCAUCUCAACUCCUGCUACCUGGACGCCUCACUCUUCAGUCUGUUUUCGUGUUGUAGUUCUGUAGACUGGGUUCUGUUCUGGCCCGGCCCACAUGACGGCCCUCACACUCAACAAGCUCAGGAUCUGCUCCGCUGUGAGAUUGUUAACCCCCUGCGCAGGUAUGGAUAUGUAUGUGCCAGUAAGACCAUGACUCUGCGUAAACUGUUGGAAGCUGAAACAACAGACACUGGCUUUACCAAUGAGGAGAGAGAUCCAGAGGAAUUCCUCAACAAACUUUUCCAGCUUCUCCGGGUGGAGCCACUUCUGAAGAUCAGGUCAUUGCGUCAGGAGCCUCAGGAGUGUCACAUCUAUCAGCUCUUCCCCCCCUCCUCUGCUCCCUCCUCUCCUUCCCCCUCCCCUGUCUCUCCUUCCCUCUCCCCCAUCUCUCCCAUCCCUACCUCUCCUCCAGGCACAGGGACAAUGAGGGUUGCCAGUGUGCAAGCAUUACUGGAGUCUUCCUUUAUGCACUCUGGGCUUAAAUUCACAGAGACCCCAUCCUGUCUGCCCUUGCUCAUGCCCAGGUUUGGGAAAGAUUUUAAAAUGUUUGAUGCCAUCCUGCCAUCUCUCACCAUCGACAUCACAGACUUACUUGACGAAACUCUCAGACAGUGCACCAUCUGUCAGUCAGUGGCACAGUGGGAGUGUCUUCAGUGCUAUGAAGACAUGGACAUCACGCCAGGCCAACUCAAACAGUAUUGCAACACGUGUAACACACAGGUUCACAACCAUAAAAAUCGACAGACCCACAAACCCAACAAGGUGAAUGUGCCAGAAGGACCAUGGGAGGGACCAAUGCAUGGCACUCGUCAGCGAUUGGCUCUCUUUGCUGUGACGUGCAUCGAAACCAGCCAUUACGUGAGCUUCGUUAAGUAUGGGCCCCUCCCCACCGAUUGGCUGUUUUUUGACAGCAUGGCGGACAGAGAAGGUGGAGAGAAUGGUUUUAAUGUUCCUCAGGUGAAGGCCUGUCCAGAGGUUGGGCGUUAUCUUACCCUAUCAGAAAAGGAGUUAAGCAGAUUAGACCCUGCCUCCAUGAAAGAUACAGUGCGGAGACUACUGUGUGAUCCUUACAUGUGUUUGUACCACUGCCCUGAGCUCAGUUUAUACAAAUGACAGAC